AUGAUUUGGUUCCAGGGUGGCCCGGGCGGUAGUUCUCUGCAUGGCAUGCUUUACGAGAAUGGACCCUGCCUCAGCGACGGUGCCAACGGGACCGAGUUUAACCCUAAUUCGUGGACGGAGCACUUCAAUAUUAUCUACCUCGACCAGCCUGCCGGUGUCGGGUUCUCUUAUGUGGAUAAUUAUUCCGACGAGACAUCGUAUCCCUCCCGUGCCGAAGAAUCUGCUCUCGAUGUUGUCAGCUUCAUCAAGCUCUUCUACGAGGCCUUCCCCGACUUCGCCGAUGCUGACCUUCACCUGGCCGGAGAAUCAUAUGCCGGAAGAUACAUCCCGUCAAUCGCAUCGACGAUACUUGAGUACAAUGACUUUUUGACCUCAGCGCCCGAUGUCAGGGCUGCUCUAGCAACUAUACCGCUGAGGUCGCUGAUGCUAGGAAACCCAUGGAUCAGCCCCGCCGAACAACUAGCCUCGAUGUACGACGUGUCUUGCUUUCCGUACCGGAACCAGUUUGAUACUCACCUGGAGCCCGAAGACUGUGCCAGGGCGUUGAAAGCUGUUGAUAGAUGUGAGGCAGUCGCUCAUGCAUGCGCAUUGGGAGAUAAUGACCCAGUCCUCUGUGCUCAGCCGAAAAAGCUAUGCCAAGACGAUUUCAUUGGCAUUUUUGCUAAUGUGACAAGAAGCUACUAUGACAGACGUCUUCGCAAUUGCCCGGGUCCUCAGGACUGCUAUCCGGACAUUGCCAAGAUGGUUGACGUUCUUAACUCCGACAAGGUGUUCAGGGAUCAACUCGAAGUUCCAACUCAGACCGGUGGUCGAAAGAAGGGAUGGGAUAUGAUGAGCCCACUAAUAGAAAGACGGUACUUCGAGUCUGGUGACUUUUACACACCCGCCAUCAAAGACCUGCAAAAGAUUAUCGACCAUUCUCAAACCUCCAUUCGUUCGAGAUGGCAAGGUGUUGUGGACGUGCUGGUAUAUGUCGGUGUAGCCGAUAUCAUUUGCAACGCCGAGGGUGUCUUGGAGGGCCUGAAGAAGGUCAGAUGGGCUGGCCGAACCCCUUUUAGAGCGAGUCCAUGGCAAGAGCUGCCAUGGAAUGCGUCCAAGGGUGGACGCGGUGGGAGGAUCAAGAAUACUACCGGGCUUUGGCUUGCAGAAAUUGAGGAAGCAGGACACAUGGUCCCUCACGAUCAGUCGGCUUCAUCACUCAAUCUCGCCGAAUAUUGGCUGAAAAUUUCGAGAACUACCGGCGGCGGCACAAAGGCUUUUGUGAGCCCCAAUGCGGAAGAUGAACUGAUGGAUCAAGCGAAAGUAAAGGGUGCCAUUGAUGGUGUGCUCGAGUUGCUCAAGCAAGACAUCGCAGGUGCGACGGAUUUGUAG